AUGGCCAUCCCAUGGAUUUUCACCCUCCUCUAUGGUUUGCUGGGAGCCACACUGGUCCAAGCUGACCCCCAGCCCCCUGCAGUGCUCAACCUCGGCCCAGAAGUCAUCAGGGAGCACCUGGCCCAGGCACUGGAGAAGCACCAUGCGACUGCCAUCCUCCAGCAGUUGCCACUGCUCAGUGCCAUGCGAGACAGGUCUGGGAACAUCCCCAUGCUGGAAAGCCUAAUGCGCACGAUUCUGAGAUACAUCGUUUGGAUGAAGGUCACCUCUGCUAACAUCCUCCAGCUGGUCGUGGAGCCUUCGACCUAUGACCAGGAGCUGGUGGUCAGAAUCCCCCUGGACAUGGUGGCUGGAUUAAACACGCCACUGAUCAAGAGCAUAGUGGAGUUCCAAAUGAACACUGAGAUCCAAGCCCUCAUCCGGGUGGAGAAGAGCAAGAGUGGCCCCGCCCACCUGAACCUCAGUGACUGCUCCAGCAGCGAGAGCACCCUGAGCCUCAGCCUGCUUCGCAAGCUCUCCUUCGUGGUGAACUCCUUGGCAAAUAAUGUCAUGAAUCUCCUGCUGCCAACGCUGCCCCAAAUAGUGAAAAGCCACCUGUGCCCUGUGAUCCACCAAGCCUUCGAAGACAUGUAUGAAUCCUUCCUGAAGCUGGCAACAGCACCCACUCCCCUCAGCCCCGGAGCCUUGGAACUUAGCCUUCUGUCUUCUGCUAUCCAAGACAGUAAUAUUCGGCUCAACCUGAAGGCCAAGCUUCUGGACUCAAAGGCUAGGGUGACCAACUGGUUCAACAGCUCUGUGGCUUCCCUGAUGGAGACCACCCCAGAUGGCCUACCUUUCAGCCUGGUCGUAAGGCAGGACCUGGUGAAUGCCAUUGUGACCACCAUGGUCCCCAAGGAGGAGCUUGUGAUCCUGCUCAAAUUCGUGAUCCCUGAUGUGGCCCGCCAGCUACAGAUGAACAUCAAGGAGAUCAACGCAGAGGCAGCAGACAAGCUGGGGCCCACGCAGAUGCUGAAGAUCUUCACUCGUACCAGCCCCCAGAUUGUGCUGGACGAGGGUGGUGCCACGGCAGCCCAAAAUGUUGUCCUGGAAGUGUUCCCCACCAAUACAGAUGUCCGGCCCUUCUUUACCCUUGGCAUUGAAGCCAGUUAUGAAGUUCUGUUUUUCAUGGAAGGUAACCGGCUUAGGCUCAACUUCAAUAAUAUCAGUAUUGAGCGCAUCAAGCUGAUGGUCUCAGAUAUUAAACUGUUCGAUCCUGAAGUCAUGAAGGACACCCUGAUCAAGGUCCUGGAAUCCACCCUGCUGACCAAUGAGAAUGGCAAACUGAGAAUUGGAGUCCCCAUAUCAAUGCUGAAGGCUUUGGGAUACGAGAAAGCUGAGUGGUCUGUGAGCAAGGGUUUCCUCAAGUUCACUCCAGCCUCCUCCUAGAACCCUGGCUCUCCUCCCUCCUGAUAAACUCCUGAAGAGUAGCUGGCCAGCGCAGGCCAGGCCCCAGCUGGGAGUGUGGAAGCCAGCUAUGUAAACUAUCUCCCUGCAAUCAAUAAACACUUGCCAGUG